UCUUCUCUUCUAGCUUUGCAAAAUCAAUAUCCAAAACCCUAGUUUUCUCUCAUUCAUUCUUCCCCUCCUCCUCCUCAUUUCACACAGAGUUUCGUUUCGAAGAAUCAAAACCCAUAUGUGAAUGCAUCUUCAAUGAGACAACCCAUAUCUUAUUUCAUCCAAAAACACCCGAUUUCCGUUUGAUGUAAGCAAAAUCAAAGAUCAUGAUGAUGUUGAAACAAGAUUCUCUUCCUCCGAUCCCUAAGAAAGACAUCUGCAGUCACUGUAACGUAGAAGAGAAGAUAUUACUCCAUCAUAUCCGUCAUCAAGGAAUGUUACGCCGCCUCUGUACCUGUUGCGUUCUUCUCUUCCAUACUCAAUCUUUCUGCCCUACUUGUUUCUUCGUUUACGAUCGCCCUCCCCCUCCAUCAUCGAACGAUUUCAUCACCUGUUCUAAAUGUUACUCAAACUCUCAUUCUCACUGUGUUAUCUCAAAGCCUGUUAAUCCUUCCUACGUUUGUCCUCUCUGUGUCAGCCCUAGGUUAAGUGUUUUCAGCUUGAAGAAGGUAACAAUCGAUGGAGAUGGAAGAAGUUACAGGGAGUUUGAUAAGAAAUCGGCGAAAGUUUUGCUAGCUGCUGCUAAGAUUGCGACUGUUAACAUUACUAAAGCGGCGGCAACAUUGAGGAUGGAAUCGGAGAAGAGGUCGAAGGAGGCGGCUUUAACGAGGAAGAGAGCUAGGGAAACACUCGAUCAUUUUGCAGGUCUUGUUGUGAAAGAGAAGAUGAAGAUGAAAAGGAAAGACCAUAUGGUAUCUGUGGCUGAAAACUCUGCUUCUGGUAGUAAUGGUAAUGGAUUCAUUAAGGAGAAGAAUCAGAGAUUUGGUAGUAUUAGUAGUGCUAUGGAACAUAUUAAAAUGGAGGCUGCAAAUGAGGUUUCUGCAAGAUUGAAUGCUGUUGGGUUAAGAGAGAAAGAAAAGAUACUAGGAACUGGUAAUCAUGAGAGAAUGAAGACGAUUAGUAAUGUCUCUUCUUCGUUUGCUCGCGUGAGCAACAAUGGAAAAUUCUCGGUUGUUCCUCCUGCAGACAACAAGCAGCAGCAGCAACAGCAGCAGUAGGAACUUGAAGAAUCUGGGAUCAAGAAUUCGAGAAUUCAAGAAAAAGAAAGGUGUGUGAAUCUUACUUGACGUUCUUGAACUAGUUUAGUGUUGAUUCAGCUGUUUGUAUGGGUGUUCCUAUCAUGGGUACAUAACAUCAUAUCCCUGUAGAAGAAGAUUAAGUACAUUGAUGAUGGUUUCAAAAAAUCUUUUAUUUCUCAUUCUCUUCCGAAUAGUUGUUGAUAUUUUUUGCUGGAUUCUUGUUGGGUUAAGAAAUGUGUGAAAGAUUGAUGGUUUUUUUUUAUUAUUAUCAAUUUGAUUGUUUCUGGAUGAUGAAUGAAACAGGAAAAAAAGGUAUCAAUAGUAUAAAUGAUGUUUUUUUU